CCCUCAGUCACUUGGUCCAGUAUUACCAGAUGACCUGUUCGUAGCCUGUUUCACUUUCUGCAACUCAAAUUGCGAAGGAUGGCUGUAUGAGCACCACAUGAGAAGCCGUGAAUUGCUGUCUGUCAGGGAAGGGAUGAAACACCUUGCACACAUAAGUCAAGCCUGUUUCUGGAAGAGCUGAUGCGGUGUGCAGUCACUCUCAUGCUGGGCUGUAAAAGCCAAGCUGCUUUUUUAAAUGCUUGAGUGGUAUCACCUGUAUUAAGAAGCGUAAAAGGCAAACUUGAUCUUGCUUGCUUGCCCUGAGGAUUUAUACCAGGCUCUUCAGCAGUUUACCAAACUACCUUUUAGAAGACUCAGAGUUUCUCAUACAGCCUUUUUCUUCAAGUCAAAUGGCAUAGUUGUUUACUCUGGAAGCGUACUGACCUUUCAGCUGGAAGCUUAUACCUACUUCAGGACAGCUUACUUAGACGAGACACUUUCACUCAAAAGCUUUAUGAAGUGGAAACCAGGAAAGAUGACAGAAAACUAAGCAUGAACUAACUUGCUUAAUGCAGGUUGAGGUGGAGACCUCGUGGAGUACUUUUUCCAGUAGCUAGCUUUGGCCAUGGGCUGGUAAGUGUGACUUGUAGAAGCUACUGCCGUGGUGGAUAAAGGAAGGUCAACUCAAAGCGCCUGCCAUUUGAACAUGAGACUGCCUGUAGGAUGUGUGCAAACAACACGCUUGAAGAUACUCAGCUCCCCGUCACAGUCUUAUCAGUAGCUGGCAAGCUGUGAUCUCUUAAGUACUGCUAUUCCGACUGCAGCACAGAACCAUGCUGCUGGAAGUUAGCUGAGUCUAUUUUAGAACUGAUAAAUAUCUAGUAACAUCACUUAAUAUAUGGUAGUUAGUUCUGUUUCUGUUUGAACUAUAACUGCCUUCUAUUUUUUAAUUUACUUUCACAGUAAUUAAGUAUUGUUUCAUAUCCUCAGGGUGUAUGUAUAAAGAUAUGCUGUCUUGCCUACCUGUACUGACAAGCAUGUUCUUCCCCCCUAGCCUUUUCUGUCUCUCCCUAGCUUUCUUGGGUUUAUGGCUCUGUAGAGGGGAAUCUGAACUCCCUUGUGUUAUUCCUUUGGGUUUUGGUGCUUCUUUCUACGUCCUAUGCAGAGUACCACAGCCUCGUAUACUGGGGGAGCGUUGAUAAUAUGACAUGGUGGAGAUCGAAGCUCCUGCUGAAGACGGAGUAUGUCACAGCUGUUUAGUGCUGGCUGAAGCCUACAGACUGGAGGGAAGAGAGUGACCCUCCAGAGCCUUCUGUGGCAGCUGAUUGCGGGGCUCAUGGAGGGAUUUGUUGGUGUUGGUGAUGCCCCUGAUUCCAGAUGAGGUUCCAUUGACUGCCACUGCUUGUAAUAGAUUUUGACAUAUUCUAUUUAAAAAAAGAAGUACAAAGAAUUAUCCUGUGAUCCUAUGAUGAACAUGUGAACCCUGCUUUAUGGAUCGACAGGGAUGAGAAAUGUGAAUUUGGCAUCCCUUCAGUCUUUGAAAUAGUGCCAGCACAUUAGGUUGGAUACACAGGAAAGAAGUCAUGGAGGAGGGAUCCUGGGGAGGAGUUGAGGCAGCAGCUCUGAAUUGUUUGGGAGGAAAGAGUCUGUGCAUGCAUAGUACAAUUAGAAGUGAGAUAUUAGUUCUUAUGCUGCCCUGGAAAUCAAAUUACAUUGAGGGGAGGAGGGUUGGACUGUCCUUUGAGCUGGUUUUCUAAGUAUGUAGCUCCCUCUUUAAGAAAUGUUCCUUGCAAAACAGUCUUGCAUGAUGAAAACUAACACCACAUAGCUACUGUCCAAGACCAAAGACUUGAUAUAACUAAGAAUGUGGAAAACUGUACGCAUGUCACAAGAUGGGGCUUGCCCAGGAGACUUCAUGCUUCAGAAUGUAAACUAUCCUCGUGUGAAGCUGGGGCAAGAAUUCCCCGGAGUAGCUUUCCGAGGUCACCUCCACUCCUUUCCAAAACUGAUGGAGAUAACAAGCUCUUCUCAUGCAAGUCAUGGCAACCAUAAAGAAAACAGUCCUUUCCUGAACAGUUCAGAAGCUGGCAAGGGAGGUGAUUACUAUGACCGAAAUCUGGCCUUGUUUGAGGAAGAACUUGAUAUACGACCGAAAGUGUCAUCUCUGCUUGGCAAGUUGGUCAACUACACAAAUCUUACUCAAGGUGUUAAGGAACAUGAAGAAGCAGAAAGUACUGAUGGCUCGAAAAAGAAAGUAUCAAAAUCACCCAGCAUGGGCACCCUGAUGGGGGUGUAUUUACCAUGCAUGCAGAAUAUCUUUGGGGUUAUUCUUUUCCUUCGGCUGACUUGGAUGGUGGGAAUGGCUGGAGUUCUUCAGUCCUUCCUGAUUGUGUUACUUUGCUGCUGUUGUACUAUGCUGACAACCAUAUCAAUGAGUGCUAUUGCCACAAAUGGUGUUGUUCCAGCUGGUGGCUCCUAUUUCAUGAUAUCCAGGUCAUUGGGCCCAGAGUUUGGUGGAGCUGUAGGGCUGUGCUUUUAUUUGGGAACAACAUUUGCAGGAGCAAUGUAUAUCCUUGGUGCCAUUGAGAUUUUAUUGACAUAUAUUGUGCCACAAGCAGCAAUUUUUCAUCCAUCCGGUGCCCAUGAUGCAUCCAGUGCUAUGCUAAAUAACAUGAGGGUGUAUGGAACUGUAUUCCUCAUCCUUAUGGCAGUGGUGGUCUUUGUGGGUGUGAAAUAUGUUAACAAAUUUGCUUCCCUCUUCUUGGCCUGCGUAGUAAUAUCUAUACUGUCCAUUUAUGCUGGAGCUAUCAAGUCCAUCUUUGAUCCACCUGAAUUUCCGAUUUGCAUGUUGGGCAACAGGACUUUGUCCAGAGAUCAGUUUGAUGUUUGUGCCAAAACCAUAGUUAAGGAUAACAUUACUGUGGCCUCUAAGCUUUGGGAGCUCUUCUGCCACAGUACAAACUUAACCACCGAGAACUGUGAUGAAUAUUUCCUAAUGAACAAUGUCUCCGAGAUAGCAGGAAUUCCGGGAGCUGCUAGUGGCAUUUUAAAAGACAACUUAUGGAGCAAUUAUUUGGAGAAAGGAGAGAUACUGGAGAAAGCACAUCACCCAUCUGUUGAUGUAGCAGGCCAGAAGAACAACCUCCAUCUAUAUGUGCUUUCCGAUAUAGCUACUUCAUUCAUGGUGCUGGUUGGCAUCUUCUUCCCUUCAGUGACCGGUAUCAUGGCUGGUUCAAACAGAUCAGGGGACCUCAAAGAUGCACAGAAAUCCAUUCCCGUUGGAACAAUUCUUGCUAUUGUCACCACAUCAUUAGUCUACUUCAGUUGUGUAUUAUUAUUUGGAGCCUGCAUAGAAGGUGUAGUCCUGAGAGAUAAGUACGGCGAUGCAGUGAACAAGAACUUAGUGGUGGGCACCCUUUCGUGGCCCUCGCCAUGGGUCAUUGUGAUAGGAUCCUUCUUCUCUACCUGUGGAGCAGGUUUACAGAGCCUUACUGGAGCCCCCCGCCUGCUGCAGGCAAUAGCAAAGGACAACAUCAUUCCUUUCCUCUGGGUUUUUGGUCAUGGAAAAGCGAAUGGUGAGCCGACGUGGGCUCUUCUGUUAACAGCAUUAAUUGCUGAGCUGGGAAUCCUUAUUGCUUCACUUGACAUGGUGGCUCCAAUUCUCUCAAUGUUUUUCCUGAUGUGUUACCUCUUUGUUAAUCUAGCCUGUGCAGUACAAACACUUCUUAGAACUCCAAACUGGCGGCCUCGAUUUAAAUACUAUCACUGGGCCCUCUCAUUUUUAGGCAUGAGUAUUUGCCUGGCACUGAUGUUUAUUUCAUCUUGGUAUUAUGCUUUGGUAGCUAUGCUUAUUGCAGGCAUGAUUUACAAGUACAUUGAAUACCAAGGUGCGGAGAAGGAAUGGGGUGAUGGUAUCCGGGGUCUUUCACUCAGCGCAGCAAGAUACGCCUUACUCAGACUGGAGGAGGGCCCUCCACACACAAAGAACUGGAGGCCUCAGUUGCUGGUGCUUCUGAAACUUGAUGAAGAUUUGCAUGUAAAAUACCCUAGAUUGUUAACAUUUGCAUCCCAGCUGAAAGCUGGCAAAGGUUUGACUAUCAUAGGAUCCGUGAUCCAAGGGAAUUUCUUGGAAACUUACGGAGAAGCCCAGGCUGCUGAACAGACUAUUAAGAAUAUGAUGGACAUUGAGAAGGUGAAAGGAUUUUGUCAAGUAGUUGUAGCCAAUAAAGUUCGAGAAGGAAUUGCCCACUUGAUCCAGUCCUGUGGACUAGGUGGCAUGAAACAUAAUACUGUGGUUUUGGGAUGGCCAUAUGGGUGGCGGCAAAGUGAAGAUCCAAGGUCAUGGAAGACCUUUAUAGGUACUGUUCGCUGCACAACUGCAGCCCAUCUGGCUCUGCUGGUUCCCAAAAAUGUGUCCUUCUACCCCAGCAACCAUGAGCGUUACAAUGAAGGCAACAUUGAUGUGUGGUGGAUUGUGCAUGAUGGAGGCAUGUUGAUGUUGCUUCCUUUUCUUCUCAAACAGCACAAAGUUUGGAGAAAAUGCAAAAUGAGAAUUUUUACUGUAGCUCAGAUGGAUGAUAACAGCAUCCAGAUGAAGAAGGACUUGGCUACUUUCCUCUAUCAACUCCGAAUAGAGGCAGAGGUAGAAGUGGUAGAAAUGCACAAUAGUGAUAUCUCAGCAUAUACUUAUGAGAGAACUCUUAUGAUGGAGCAGAGAUCUCAGAUGCUGAGGCAAAUGAGGCUGACAAAAACAGAGAGGGAAAGGGAGGCUCAGCUGGUAAAAGACAGACAUUCAAUAGCACGUCUGGAGAGUCUCUACUCAGAUGAAGAAGAUGAGGGGGACCCAGUUCCUGAGAACAUCCAGAUGACCUGGACAAAAGAGAAAUGUGAUGCGGAGAAGCGGAACCGAGGCAGUGCUGUGGGAAGCUUUAGAGAUCUCAUCAGCAUUAAGCCAGAGUGGGAAAACUUGAACCAGUCUAAUGUCCGCAGAAUGCACACAGCAGUGAAACUAAAUGAAGUUAUUGUAAAUAGAUCCCAUGAUGCCAGACUUGUUCUCCUCAACAUGCCUGGUCCUCCAAAGAAUACUGAUGGUGAUGAAAACUACAUGGAGUUCCUUGAGGUCUUGACUGAGGGUCUGGAGAGAGUAUUACUUGUUAGAGGAGGUGGCCGAGAAGUCAUCACAAUUUACUCCUGAUUUAGUACAAGCUUCUAACGCUGGGUCUACAUUUACCUUCUUGGCGAUAACGGACAUUCCAGUUUUAAAUGGAGAAGAAAAAAAGGUUUUUUGCCUAACUUAUCCUCAUCCAAUCCUAUUCUUUGUCUUUCCAUUUGCAACAUACAUAUCUUUUGGGAUUGCAGUAUUGUUACACCAUCCAAUUAGCAACAUAAGUUAAUUGUGAAGCUGCCACAUUAUUCAGUUUCUGCUUUGGUACUCCAGCAUUUGUGCAUGUAGUUUUAACACUAAACCUAUUUUUAGUCAGCACUGCUAUGUGCAGUAUUUUUAGUAACUGUAUGUAAAGUUAGGACAUGAAAGCCAGUUACUGUAAAAAGAUUUUAAAAGCUUUUUAUAUUAGGUUUGGGGGAUAGAAUUACGUUAAUAUAGCAGCUAGUUUCUGCUGAAGUUCAGCUACAAAGCAUUUUCUAAGAGCACACUAAAUUGUAAGAGAGGACUGAAAAAGCUUUGUUUUUCUGGGUUUAUUUCCAGAACUAAACUCUCAGUAUUGGGUAAGAAUUUAUACUUUUAAUACAUUUAUUGAUAGAGAUUUAAAUAAAUUAUGUUGAUAUAGUUGAAAUUAUGUAUGUAGCUUGCUACAAAUUGUGUUGCUUCUGAGACUUGAGGUUCUGUGAGGCCAGAUCCCUAUUUAUUUUUGUAUUUAUUUGUCAGAAAUAUUGGAUACGCAGCUGCAGACUGUUUAGGAUAAUAGAGAUCUCACAAUAAAUUUUGAAUCAUCAGUGAAUUGAAGGACCAGUCCUGUGCAGUUCUUCCAUGCUUUAAAUUUCUUGCAGACCAUCCAUCAAAGUACAUUGAGCAUGUUGGAGUCCCGUGUGUAGACCCAGGUGCUAUGCUGCACGCACAGCGAGGGGAUUGCACUUGCACAAGUACAGGGGACCUGCUGCUUCAUUGUAUGCUUUAUGCCCUUAGAGGAAAAAGAAGAAAAGAAGACCUACUUUAACCAAUAAGUCUCUGGAGAUUUAUCAAGCCCAUUAAGUUGUACUUUAUGUACAGAACAUUCGUAUUUUUUCAAUAAAAUGUUGCAUACACUUUGAA